UUUUGCUCCCUCAGAUUCCAGAUUUUCAAAUAGUUGUAUCUCAGACAAAUAUUGUCCUCCUAACAAACCAUACAUCAGUGGAAAGCUUAUCUCAGUUUCAGAUUGACUGGUUUUGUGGUCAAGGGUCAGAUAUAUAUACUCUCCGCAGUUAUUGCACUGAAUGUGGCAGUGUAAAAAUAGGUUUCUCUUUCCUUACAGACCUCGUAGGGUUAUUUAUUCAACUAAAGGUUCCUGCUCAGAGUUUAUGCCGUGUCAGUGAAUCAUGAAUAUCAUUGGGAAUGGUGCAGUACAAGAACAUAAAAACAUUCCCAUCAUGCCACUAAAUGUUAAAGCUUUGCUGCAGUGCACGCUGAGCAGUGAGCGUUUAGGUCCUACUGGGCUUUCAGGAAUCCAGAUGGCUGUUUCGAAAUGAGACGGCUCUUUCAACACACUUAAAACGGAUAUAAAUACAGCUUCUUCACUGGAAACGAUGGUUUCAUGAAAAACCUUUAACACGCAUGGGACCUUUUCCAUUGCAUUACAGUGGAAAAAGAAUUUUUAGGUUAUUAAAGUGUUGUUCACAUUAAGAAAAGAUGGUUCACUGAAAGGGUCUUUGGGGACCAAAAAUGGUUCUUCUAUGGCAUCGCUGUUAUUUCUAAAAAAAAACAAUAGAUUGUACACUUGACUUUAAGACAAUAUUUUAUGAUUUACAGUUUAAUUGUUAAAUAUUUUUUUUUGUAUCAAAUUGUCAAAAAGAAAAGUAGAAGUAGGUAUGGGAAAAAAAUGAACAACCAAAGUGUCUCCUAGCGUUGAAUUAAUUAUUAUUAAUUUUUGUGUAUAUUUUAUUCAUUUGUUAUUGUUUUUUUGUUUUUGUUUUUUUAUAGAAAUGGUUGUUUUAUGAUGUUUCAUGCAAAAUGAAUUAAAUUAAUUUUGUGGGUUUUGUUUUUAUUUUUAAUGUUAUUUUUAAUGCAAAUGGUAAGACCACAAUCUGUAAAUAACCAAGAACUUGAAUAACAAUUUUCUCCUUUAAUAGCUUUACAUAUAACUUUGCAUGCAUCAUGUUUCUUUUAGCUGCUUUAUUUUUAAUUCAUUGGCAACGUUGCUAGUGGACCAAUGAGACAUGGUACUGUAAAGUAUGUUGUUGUUGUUUUGCAAUUAAAGCUCUGCCAGACCAACUGUGGUGUAGUUAUUGAUAUUCAACUAAUCAUCAUAAUCAUUGUGUCCUCAGUGGCGCCUCUAGUGGACAGAUUAAUGUGAAAGUUUCGAGCUUUGUUCAGUUUGAUUCGCUCGGACGCAUCGUUCGAAUCGAACCUGUUAAAAACGCGACUCGCAGAUUCGAUCAAAUCCUCCCUUUCAUGCUUCGCGACUCGGUUCGAUCGAGUCGCUGAGAAGAACCGAUUCAACCGAACGCCGCCGCCGCUGUUCUUUGUCCUCGCGGUGACUGGCUGCAUAUGAUCCCGCUGAAUGUACAUUAUUUAUUCCUCCGUUUACACUCUGUAUUCAUCAAACAGAAGAUCUGAAGGAUGGUGUUAGUUCAUGUCGGAUAUUUGGUUCUUCCUGUCUUUGGCUCUGUGAGAAAUAGAGGAUCUCAUUUUAACAGGCAUCAGCACAGUCAUGCUACCUCUUGCCGGCAUUUCCACGUUGGCCCCCAGGCCCAGAUCCCUGUUGAUUUCCCAAUGCCCCAUCCAGGACAAUCUCAGACGGGAAUGAGCCAUCACCUCGGCCCCGCACACCAGCCAGCCGCGCCGUUACAUCCACCCCUCAACCACAUACCAGCACCACCGUUCCAGGACAUCCCGCCCCCGCCCUUCCUACCUCAGGCUUUACACCAGCAAUACCUCAUCCAGCAGCAGAUCCUGGAGGCCCAGCACAGGAGGAUACUUCCACAGCCCAGCAGACAUGCUCCAGACCGAACCCUUCCCCAUCCGCAGACGCUGCGGCCGCCGUAUGAAUACCCUCCAUCCAUUCACAUUCCCCCACCGCCGCAGCAGCCGCGCUACCUUGCCGAAGGAACAGACUGGGAUCUGAGUGUGGAUCCAGGCCUGCCGCAGUACCACGUCUCUCCCCUCACUCAACAUUAUCAGCAUUACCUGACCUCUCCACGACUGCACCACUUCCCCAGGAACACCACCUCAGCACAAGUGGUCAGUCUGUAACUUCUGUACCCACUGCAAUCCAGUAAUUUUCCUUUGUUAUAUGUUAUGGCUCUCCAAAGCCUCAGUCCGUCUCGCCAUGCGUCUGCUGUGCGGGAGAGUUACGAGGAGCUCCUGCAGUUGGAGGACAGGCUGGGCAAUGUGAACAGAGGGGCUGUGCAGACCACCAUCGAGAGGUUUACCUUUCCUCACAAGUAUAAAAAGAGAAGACCACUAGAGCUGAAGAUCAGCAUGGAUGAAGAAGAGCUCGACACGGAUGAGAAAUGCACAAUAUGCCUCUCGAUGCUUGAAGACGGAGAGGACGUCAGGAGAUUACCCUGCAUGCACCUCUUCCAUCAGGCUUGUGUUGACCAGUGGCUGGCAACCAAUAAGAAGUGUCCCAUCUGCAGGGUAGACAUUGAGACGCAGUUGUCCCCCGAUAGCUGAUGUCUUGUGUAGCACUAGCUAAAAGUCCUAUUGUCUUUCUUCGUCCCUUCGUGGGUACUUUGCCAAAUGUGUGUCAUCUCCAUCACCUCUCACCUCUGACCUUUGCCUUCUGAGCCAACUGACGAUGUAGAACGGGGAAGAUGAAUAGCGUUGAAGACAGAGUCCAGCACAUGGAGAAGAACGAGUGUCGAUGAAGAUGGUUUCAGUCAAAGUGCUCUGUAUGUGUGUGUGUUUAGAGCGGCAAAUGCCGCUCGGAACAUUUCUGAAUGAUCUCAAAUGAAGACCAACCAAAUGUUCUCAGUGUUCAGUAGGUCACAGAUGACGCAUCACAGCAUGAACACCACAAAGUCCAACAUAUUACACGUGGCUGGUCAUGAACUUUAAACGUAGUUGAACGAAUCAUUUGUGAAAAAAACAAAAACAACGGGAAUCAAAGUCAUUAGCGAAUGAGAGAAGCGUAAGAGUAGAACAAUGACCCUGUAUUUAAAAAGCUCCGCCGUCGUGUCUGUAAUUAUCGGAGUUGAUGCUUGACCUCCGUAUGUAUCCGUAAGGCCAGGCUUGAUAUGAACCGUGACAGUCCGCAUUUUGUGCUCGUGAUGCCUCCGAUGCUUAGAAACGUAUCCACCAAAUGCAUGUUGAAGCGGGAGGCCGGGGUUCUUCUGACGAGAGGUCGACGUGCAUGAGGACGUUUCCCGCGCGAUGUUCUACUAAUCCUGAAGACACUGUGUUCUCGAUGCGUCACUAGGAGUGAAAUAUGUACCUUAAUGCCUGUAGCACAAGCACACGUUGAAUAGUAACGGCAUAACUCCGUGUUUCCAUUCUCUCUGUGACUCGUGGUCUCGCUUGGUCGUAAAGCAGCAUCUGUAGAGUCAUAAUGUGCAUGAAACCUGUUUGCCGCCAUUUCUAGAGGACAUGACAAGGGAGUAAAGCCAUUCGUUUUAUAGAAACCAAACAUAACUUUUCUAAGCUGUUCUUCAUGAUCAUGAUUUCUCGUUUGAUUUCUUCUUUUUCCUACUGUUGCCAACCUGUGUGCGGGGCUGGUACAGCUUCUCGGCAAGUAGCUGCAAUGCUGGAAAAAACAAACAAACAAGUAGUUUUUUUGUCGUCAAUGUAGUUAGUGGUUAUUUUUGUAAAUGCACUCACUUUCUGAUGGGGUCGUGUGAUUGUUUCUCUUUCCGUGCUUUUGCAUUUGCACUCAGUUUCCUUGCGUAUCGUGCACUCCGUCCAAAAAACAAACAAAAAAAGAGAAGAAACUAAAAAACAAACAAACAAGGGAACAGACUUUUUAACAGCACAGUUUCUUUGCGUAACGAUAGCUGUUGCCUCACUGACCACUUUAAAUGUACGUGACUGUUUUUCGUAGCAUUUCAGAUGUCUUUGUAGUGUGUUCGACGAAAUAACCUUCUUGACUUUGCUUUAGCAACUUUUCCAGAAUUCAAGCAUUCAGCUGCUUGGAGGCUAAAAAGUUGGAAGCGUUUUCUUGUUUGCGAUCACCGUCCGUGUAUCGCGUGAUCUUUUCUCAUCGUCCGUCUGCGUUUUAUAGUUUACACAUGAUAUCGUGCGUCGAAAUGCCUUAAGUAUUUAACAAUCAUUAUUUAUGACUAACUUUACCUACUAUGGGUGCGUAUUUAAGUUCCGAACUAGUAUCGCAAUGUAAUCGGUCGGUUUAUUUAUUUCCGUCAGCGUAACGUGUGUAUAAAUACCUCAUUGUGCUAUACUUUAAUGGGAGUGCUUUGCAUGCGGUUGUACUUUAGGGGGCAUAAGUGUCAAAACAAGCUAAACCCCCCCCCCCCCGAGGGCGUGCUAGUAUGUGGUGCUGUAGUUUUCUUGGUUACAUUCCAUUAAUGCAAUUUCAGAUGUGAGCUCGUAGGCAAACUGUUCAAUGGACUGGAAUUGUUUUGCAUGUCUCUCCUGGUUUUGCACUCUCGGCUUUGCUGGCCUCCUGCGAACAUCGUCCGCUCGUCUCGUCGCUCUGAACCGAGCCGGCGAUUCCAGGCCGUGAAUCUGUUUUCAGUGUUUUCAGUAGUGAGGAGUGAGUUCAGCGCUUACUGUGAUUGAUUAUAGCUUUGUCUUGUGCCCAUCUGGCUUUAACUUUCGAUUACAGCCGGCCAUUUAACGCUGUAUUUUUAAUCGGGAUUUAAAGUGAUGCUUAUUCUUCCCAUAAGUAGCAGAUUUCCUUUACUUUUCUUUACGUAUCGGUACUUCAUAAGAGGGGCUUUAAAAGUCUGAAUGCAGGUCGUGUUUUGGUACAUUCUAGUGUAGCUGCCGUACGUUCAUCAUAUUCCGCGAUUUUAGCUCAUCAGGUUAUUCAGCUUCGAUCCCCCAAAUAUCAAUCUGCCAAUACAGCGUUGUGUUUCAAAGUAGAAACACACCAAUACCGCAGAUGACUCUUAUUUCUGAUGAAAUAAGCGUUUUUCCUGCCAUACGAAACACGCUGUACCUGGAAUACUCGUUUUUUUUUCUACACACUUAGAAAUCGUUGCACCGAAAUAGACAAAAAAAAAAAAAAAAGAAGAACAAUGGCUUUAUAUUUUACGAUUUGUGUUUCUAGCCUGUGUAGCCUUAAAGUCUCUUGAUUUGAUCCAUCUCUCCAGCAGAUUUUGGACAUAAGCAAUAGUAGUAUCAUGUUUUCGCUAACAGACUGAACCGUAGAUCCUAAAGCACAAGCUCUGUAAUGCAUGUCUUUCUCAGGUUUUAAUAUGCGUAUGAGAAUGGAUACAUAUGUUAAAAUAUUUUACCAUAAAUAUUUCUGAUGUUUUUCUGCUGCUGAC